AUGAAGCGAUUCGGUUCGCUGGCAAGCACAUUGGGCGGCAGUGGCCGGCAUCGCGAGGCUGAAGACAACCAAAUUACGGAGGAAAACAAAACCAUUUUCCAAUCAUUUGAAUGGUUCCUACCGGGCACAACAUCUGAUACAUUGAGCCAUUACACUCUACUAUCGUCCCUGCUACCACAUCUUUCCGAUCUCGGUAUCACGCACAUCUGGCUCCCACCAGGUUGCAAAGCCACCUCUGUGGAUGAUAAUGGCUACUCAAUCUACGAUCUUUGGGACCUGGGUGAGUUCAAAGCCAGAAACUACGACAGAACGGCCCGGACCAAAUGGGGCUCGAGCGCAGAACUGGAAACCUUCUGCUCUCAGGCUAGACAGUACGGCGUCAAAGUAUUGUGGGACACGGUCUUGAAUCAUAAAGCAGGUGCAGACGAGAAAGAACCAAGCUGGGGUGUCAAGGUAGAUCCGAACGACCGAACAAAAGAGCUUUCACAGCCGUACGAGCUUGAAACCUGGACCAAAUUCACUUUUCCCGGCCGGGGGCCGAAAUACUCCAACAUGAAAUAUGACUGGCGACAUUUCUCUGGCGUCGACUAUGAUGCUCGUAGGAAGGAGCAUGGUGUCUUCAAACUCAUCGGCGAAGGCAAGCGGAGCGACUGGGCAAGCGAUGUGAGCAAGGAACUGGGCAACUACGAUUACUUGAUGUUUGCCGACCUCGACCACUCCCAUGCAGCUGUUCGUUCCGACAUUCUCAACUGGAGCUCUUGGAUCUCGUCCAGUCUAGAUUUAGGUGGGAUGCGGCUCGACGCUAUCAAACAUUACUCACUUUCUUUUGUCGCGGACUUGAUCUCACACCUCGACUCACUUGCGCCCCGGGGGAAGAAUAUGUUCUUCGUCGGCGAGUAUUGGGAUGCAGACUCCAAGGUAUUGGAAAAGGUGCUCAACAAGUUUAAUGGCCGGCUACAUCUGUUUGACGUCCAGUUGGUCUAUACGUUCAGCGACUUAUCCAAGGGCAGGCAAUGGGAUCUGCGGACGGUAUUUGACGGAGCCUUGACACAACUAGACCCGCAGCAUUCGGUGACCUUUGUUGCCAACCACGACACACAAGACACUCAACCUCUCGCAGCCCCGGUAGAAGAAUGGUUUGUUCCUCUAGGCUAUGCUCUUAUUCUCCUGCGUCGGGACACUGGAACACCCUGCGUGUUCUGGGGCGACAUCUUCGGCAUCCACGGUCCUCGCGCACGACUACCGGCAAGUGGAGGUAAGCUUGCCCGUUUACUGGCUGCAAGGAAGCAGUAUGCAUACGGGCCCCAAAGAGACUACCUCGACAGCGCAGACUGCAUCGGCUGGACCCGGAUGGGACACAACUCCAAAUCCCAUGGGACGGGAUUAGCGGUCAUCAUGACCAACAGCUGGGAUAGGAGAUCGAAGCGCAUGUUCGUCGGUCAUCGACAUACCGGUGAGAAGUGGAGAGACAUUCUCAAUUGGGAAGACCGCGAGGUGGUUAUUGACUCUGCGGGAUUUGGCACCUUUCCUGUCGGCCAUAGAUCCGUUGGAGUUUGGACCGACGAGAAGGCUCCUGAUUUCGUCAAGAUUAGUGGCUUGACCUUUCCUAGGUCGGGACAUGCGGUUCCGCCGGUCACAAAUCUCCCAUUGUGA